AUGCCACCACACUUGCAUCCCCGCUCAACCGCAACAUCUACCCUCUUCGCUGGCACUCUCUUGGCUUCGUUCGUCGUAGUCGGCAUUCCACAUCUCUUCCCAUGUCCCCGGCCACGGCGAGGCUACGCCGAUACUGAAAGACAGCGACAGAGGAGUCCUGAAGCCGAACAACCUACCCCCAACACGUCGUCUGGCCAAGAACCACCAUCACCUCAAGACUCCAACUUGGCCAUGCAAAGGAAGAAUCUUUCACAACGGAAAGCCAUGUCUGAAGAAGCUGCUCUGUUCGCGGAGCUGCAGCGUGAAGCCGACGCGUUGGAAAAAGAGGCGAGAGAAUGUCCGGUGCCGAAACCUAGGGGACUCAUUGGGAGAAUCCUCGGGUUCGAGGAUACAACACCGGCCAGUGCGUCGACGACAGCGGCCGAGGGGGGAGCUAGUUUGUCGUCCUCAUCAUUACGGCAAGGAUCUUCAAGAAACGAAAGAGCCGAGGUCUAUCACCCAACAUCAAUCACGGAAAGAGUCAAUUCGAUCUCCCGUCAAUUUGUCCACAAGGAGCUUGAUUUCCACACCGCACCAAGCAUGAAACAACACAAAAGCGGCUGA